CCUACCUAAACCAGACCGAAACACCCCAUCGACGCCCGAUAAACCUGGAAUGGAACUGGAACCGGCCCAGCGCAAGCAGCAAGCAUCCCCUCCUCCGUGACAGGCUCCAUUGUUGUGUAGCGCUCUGGCAACCUAAGUGGAGGGAGAACUCGACUCCCUGGUCAACGCCGACUUCUGGCCCGCUCCGUCUACAUUCAAGUGAACCACUGCUUUAUAGUAUCACCAUCCCUUUCACUCUCGAGUAUCCCGUCCAUCACCGCCGAAACUGCCGUUGCGGUGAAUCCACCAUUUUGCCUCCGAACGGGUCGACCGAAUACAACAAAGGAACGGCUAGAUUCAGCUACCGUAUUAAUUCCCGUCCAUCUUAGUGUAGUCGAUUGCGCCCAAGUCCUCCUACUUGCGACGACUGCCACCUACCUCUAGGUCAUCCAACUACGUGGUCGCUUCAACUUUCUUGCCCUUCUUUUUCCGUCUCUUGGCUCUCAUCCAAACGACGCCCCUCCGCCUUCGUUACUUUGCACUUCGCGGUCGGCAGUUACACACAACUAUUCACCUCUGUCAAAUCCAAUUGACGUCGAAAGCCGAGACCGCCCACGGAUUCGGAACCAAGGGAACAGGACAGGACACGGUCAAGGGGCUGAAAGGAAGAGAGGGGAUAUCCAAGAUAUCAGUAUAGAAACGGAGCCUUAAUCACACCGGUUGAAAACUGUGGGUGGACGGCGCGUCCAUACUCCGUCAACGGAAGCAAAGCUCCAAGUACCGGGCAAGACAGAACUGCAACGGGGGUCCUUCCCCAAUGUAUGUUCCACGACCGCGAUAAUGGACGACUCUUGUACUCCCCCUGACCAGGCGGCUUCUGGUACCGGCAGUGAUGCCGCCGGUGUUUCUCCCCAGGCUUCCCAACCUUCCACAGCCUCAGCUGGGAACAGCAAUACCGAUCCCAAUCUCAAUGGCCCAUUGACGCUCCGACCUGGUCACGAGCUGCCUUUCGUUGCGCCAUCAUCCUACCUUCGUCCCAAACCAAGCAGUCGCACAAUGUCAGAUAAGACGUCAAAUCCCCUGGACAAGGACCAGAUGCAGGGUCUGAGAGGUAUUCGCGAGUUCCUCAAGGUCCGCACCAGUUACGAUGUCUUGCCGCUCUCCUUCCGCCUAGUCAUACUCGACAACGAUCUCCUUAUCAGGAAGAGCCUCAAUAUUCUGAUCCAAAACGGCAUUGUCUCGGCACCGCUCUGGGACUCGCGCAACGGAACCUUUGCUGGCUUGCUUACUAGCACUGACUACAUCAAUGUCAUCCAAUAUUACUGCCAGUUCCCCCACGAAAUCGAUCAAGUCGAUCAAUUUCGGCUGAGUAGCCUUCGAGAUAUCGAAAGGGCCAUUGGUGUUCUGCCGCUCGAGACCGUAUCUGUCCAUCCCAUGCGCCCAUUGUACGAAGCCUGUCGACGAAUGCUUAAAACGCGAGCUCGGAGAAUUCCCUUGAUCGACACGGACGACGAGACAGGCCGAGAGACUGUUGUCAGUGUUAUCACACAAUACCGCAUCCUGAAGUUCAUCGCGGUCAACAACGAGCAGCACACGAUGUUGCUAAAGAAGCCCGUGAGGGAGAUUGGCUUGGGAACCUACACCGACCUUGCUACGGCGAACAUGAACAGCUCCGUUCUGGAUGUCAUUCACCUCAUGGUCAAGUACAACAUCUCGGCUGUGCCAAUUGUCGACAAGGACAACAGAGUUAUGAAUCUAUUUGAAGCCGUCGACGUCAUACCCUGUAUCAAAGGGGGUGCGUACGACGAGCUGACAGCGACUGUUGGCGACGCCUUGUCUCAGAGAGCUGAAGAUUUCGGGGGCAUUUACACGUGCAGCGAAGAGGAUCGCCUGGACUCGAUAUUCGAAACCAUCCGAAAGUCUCGAGUACAUAGGUUAAUUGUUGUUGACGAUGACAGCCGCCUCAAGGGAAUCAUCUCUCUCUCGGAUAUCCUCAAAUACGUAUUGCUCUACGGCGAGGAAGAGGAUGACCUACAGGAAUAUUAAAAGGGAACACGAAGAAUGGGCGGCACUUGUCAUGGCCUUAGGUUGGCUAUAGGAAGGUAUGGUUUUGUUUUGCAUUGCAUGGCGCUUUUGUUUUUGGAGGGUAUGUCGAAUCAGUGGAACACUAGGGUCGUAUAUUCUUACCUCCUCGAUGGGCCAUAUAGAUGGAAUCUUCUCUCAUCCUGGAACACGGCAAGAGGAGGUGCUGUUAUUGCUGAACAAUGGCUUACUAGUGGUCCUGCUCUAAAAUUCCUCUUCCAUUCCACCCUGCCCCGUACAGCACUGGAUUGACGUGGUCACUUCGGUACUGUAGUGAUGUUCAGGUAGUGGUGAGCAUAUUUACCUGCUUUGUAGAUAUGGAUACCUAGGUAUUUGAAUGUUCAACUGACAACGAGGCAGGUCUAGAUGAGAAUGUGCUCGCCUUGAGUUUUAGCCAGCGCAAUGGCGUCGGCCAUAAAUUACUAUCUAGGUAGUUGUUAGGCAGUGUAGUAAGGUGACUCAGCGAUGGUUGUGAUUGUCAUUUUUUGUUUCUUCCUCUGACACUUGGUCGCUUCGUUGCUUCCUUGGUUUCCCGUCUCUUCUAUUCAUUGCUCCACCUACCUCUUAGGUGGGUUAUCAGUCUCAUCGGGAAGGAACAGGUUGGACACAAAGAGCGACAUGAGAAUACGGGAAGCAGCAGUUUACGACAAACGACACGAUGCGUCAAUCCAUGCUCUGGGCUUAAGUUUUCUAGAGGGCUUUCACAAAGCAUCAUCAGUUUGCAGUCACUUUGGAUAUCUUGUCGUACUAUCGCC